AUGUGUCCAGCAAGACAAAAGAAGGCAGCCGAAAAAUCUAAGAAGGAGCUUGAAAGCGAGGAAGAAACCACUUCAACCACAGAUGUCUCGGAUUACACCGAUGAGGACACCGACGGCUCCAGCGAUUCCGGGAUUGGUUCUGAUGAUAGUUCCGAUGAAGAUUCUGGAUACUCCAGUGUUGACGAUGACAUGUCUGAAGAUGAUGACGAUACUGAUGACCUGGAUGAGGACAGCGGUGUCGAUGAGGAGUCCAGCUAG